UGUCGGGCGCUGCAGUACCGGAGGACCGUCGCUAGGUGGCAGUAACAUAUUUUCUGAUACCUUGUGAGCAGCUGAGCACUGCAGUGCAGCGUGAGACCGAAAGCUGUCAUGUAAACACUAACUUCAGCUGGUGUGGAUUUAUUAGCCUACCGCCCAGACCUACAAGGGAAAGUUGAUGUUGAUGUCGUCAGCAUGGCUUCAACCUCCAGCUUUGCUCCACCAAAACUGGCUGACUUCAUCCUCACAGAGAGACUGGGCAGCGGCACCUACGCUACAGUCUACAAAGCCUACAGAAAGGGCGACAGCAGAGAGGUGGUGGCGGUGAAGGUGGUUGCGAAAAAGACUCUAAACAAGGCAUCCACAGAAAACCUGCUCACAGAGAUUGAAAUACUUAAGACGAUGCGUCACCCUCAUAUAGUCCAGCUAAAAGACUUCCAGUGGGAUGCUGAGAAUAUUUAUCUGAUCCUGGAGUGGUGUUCUGGUGGAGAUCUUUCUCGCUUCAUCCGCAGUCGCAGGAUUUUGCCUGAGCGGGUGGCCCGACGCUUCCUGCAGCAGAUAGCCUGUGCCCUCCAAUUUCUUCACGAGAGAAACAUCUCACACCUGGACUUGAAACCCCAGAAUAUUCUGCUCAGCGGCUCCGUCCUCAAACUAGCAGAUUUUGGUUUCGCCCAGUACAUGUCACCAUGGGAUGAGCAGAGUGUCCUGAGAGGUUCUCCUCUUUACAUGGCUCCUGAGAUGGUGUGCCGACGCCAGUAUGACUCCAGGGUAGAUCUCUGGUCAGUAGGAGUCAUUCUUUACGAGGCACUGUUUGGACGAGCACCAUUUGCGUCGAGGUCUUACGCUGAAUUGGAAGAGAAGAUCCGGAGUAACCAACCUAUCGAGCUCCCUCCCGGGGCCAGGGUAUCCAAGGACUGCAGAGACCUUCUGUUGCGGCUGCUGGAGAGAAAUCCAGAUGUCCGGAUCACCUUUGCAGAGUUCUUCACCCACCCCUUUGUGGAUUUGGAGCACAUGCCGAGCGCAGAGAGCCUAGUGAGAGCGAAAAAGCUUGUCCUGCAGGCCGUUCAGAAGGACCAGGAAGGGGAGAGGUCCGCUGCUCUCUCCCUUUACUGCAGUGCCCUUGAGCACUUUGUCCCCGCUAUUCACUUCGAGACGGACCGACAACGUAAAGAUGCCCUCCGGCUGAAGGUCAGCGAGUAUGUGUCCAGAGCCGAGGAGCUGAAAGCCUUGGUGGCCUCAGACAACAGACUGAGCUUUGAGGAGGCCCGGACCUCCAGGGAUGUCCUCCGAGAAAUGUCUCGAGACCAACCGCGACUCCUGGCUGCGCUGCACCUGGCCUCCACUGCCAUUGCUAAGGAGGAGAGUGGAUUGGAUGAUCAUGAGGCUCUGGAUGUGUACCAGCAGUGCCUCGGAGAGCUUCUGUUGGCGCUAGCAGCCGAGCCCCAGGGCCGCAGGAAAGAGCUGCUCCACAGUGAGAUUAAGAGUCUCAUGAGCAGAGCUGAAUACAUCAAGAAGAACAUCAAGAUGCAGGAGACUCAGAGGGACGUGUCUCUGGACCGAGAACCUCUUGCAGACUCUGUCCGAAGCUCGUGCUGUUUGCAGUGAGCUCCGACGGCCACCGUGGGAACUGACCGCGAGGGGCAUCAGACCGCCUGUCAGUGCUCAGGUCCGACACAGAGCCUUCACCUCACCUCACACCGGGUUUCUGUUCGCGGGCCAAAUCAAACCUGCAUCGCACCUCACUCUAACCAACUCAGAGUGCUGUCCGGGUGGGAUAUUACAGCUGCCAGCCAAGUGUGGUCAAUGUUCUGGUUGUUCCUGGAAGGCUGAUGAUUUGGCAGCCUGAGAACUUUGUGUUUAUUCUUUCUGAGCAAAAAAAAAAAAAAAAAAAAAAAAAGGAACAUCGAAAUACUGAAAGAAGCUCUUGGAUUUUGGAUUUGCACACGGGUGAAUGUGAGAGUUAGCUCCCUGCUCCUUUACACUGCCUCAGAUCCCUCCUCCUGACACACCAUUCAUAUGUAAAUGCUGGACAGCUUGUAUGACAAUACCACACUGUCAUGGUAAACGAGUUAAACUGAGGCCGAGGUUGCAUGUGUUGUAGCAAAACAUUCAACUGUAUCUCAGCAGCUAAGAACUGUGAAAACCUGGAAAAAACAUGUAAAUGGUAACUGUGAUAUGACACAGCAUCACAUCAGUUUUAAACUGUAGUGUAAUAUAAGUAAAUUAUAUUGCGGCAUCUGCAAACAUGCACAUUCUCCCUCUGCCCCCCCUUCCCACUGCCUUUACUGUGGGUCAACCACAGCCUCACCAUGCUCUCCCCGCUGAUGGAGCCCUCUCCACCACUAUGAGGGGAAAACUGGAGAGGUGCGGCCUCUGCCUUAUUUACACUAGACUCGCAUUUUCUUAGGUUUGGCACUGGCGGUGUAUCUGAGGGUUACAGUGAGCUGUGGCGCUGAAGCAGAGCCUUCAUAACUAGGCCUCUGUGAAACGGGGAGAAAGCUUAAUAGUCAGUGGCAGGCCGAUAAUCCUCGCUGUUGUAGGUCCGCACAGACCGUUUUGAUUUCAGACAGGUAAACCGCUUGAAUCCUCCAAAAGGGAGCUUUACUCUGUGAAUAUAAAGUCGAUCUGCUGGAAAAAAUACCUGAAACAGGAGUUAAAGGACGAUAAUCAUCAUAUAAAUGUGUAUGCUGGCUAGAUUUCCACACUGCUGAGUUGUUUUAUUUCUUAUUUGAAUGUUUAUACAGCUGUGAUUUUUAUAUUCUAUGUAUUUAUUAAAUGAGAAAUUCAGCGUAAAAUAAAAUAAUGAUCUCUGA